AUGACAGUUUCCAGUGCCUUGAACGCAUUCAAGUCAUCUAAAUCCAUCGUCUGGAAAUCCACUGGUAGGCUUCAGCAAACCAUAGCGGGAUGCAUAGAGCGGAAGGGGAAAGGCUUGCACAGUGGAAAGGUCUCCACGGUGAAAUUGUGGCCAGAGCUUGUCAGCAAAGGAAGGUACUUUGAUUUUCAGCCCAAUGUGAUACGAGCUUCGAUUGAGUUUGCUGAGGAAUCGCCUCUGUGCACCACUCUCUGUAAAGAUGGGAUCAAAAUUCGAACGGUUGAGCACUUGCUUUCGGCUUUGGAAGCUAUGGAGGUUGAUAAUUGCCGGAUUGAGAUAAAGAACUCAGACCCCGAAGAUUGCGAUCUUGAGGUUCCUAUUUUUGAUGGGUCAGCAAGUGAGUGGGUAGAGGCUAUAGAACAAGUUGGUUUAAAAGAGGCAACAGAUCGUUGUGGCAACUGUUGUGAGAAGAUGGCAGCAUAUGUGAAUGAACCAGUGCAUGUGUGGAGGAAUGAUUCUUUUGUUGCUGCAUUUCCAUCACCAGAAAUUUGUAUCACUUACGGGAUCGACUUUCGACAGGUGCAGGCUAUUGGCUGCCAGUGGUUUUCUGUGACCUCCUUGGAUAACUCUUUCUAUUCCAAGCACAUUGCUUUGUCAAGAACCUUUUGCAUUUACGAGGAGGUGGAGCGAAUGCGGAAUGCAGGACUCAUAAAAGGGGGUGGAUUAGAAAAUGCACUUGUUUGUAGUGCUAGUAAAGGUUGGUUGAACCCACCACUGCGUUUUCCAGAUGAACCUUGUCGCCAUAAGGUCUUAGAUCUUAUCGGCGACGCUUCCCUGUUUGCAAGGUUUGGCAGUCAAGGGUUUCCAGUGGCGCAUAUAGUGGCAUACAAGGGUAGCCAUGCACUGCAUUAUGAUUUUGUUCGCCGGCUAUCAGGAAUUAUAUAA